AACAAAUGAUUUAUUAUAUGGUACAGAUAGUAGAGAGAUGAGAAAGGCCAUGAGCCCCAUGACUGUGUCUGUGUGAAUUGCCUUUGGAUCGUCCUAGCAGCCUUGUCGUCGUUAGAGGAUUUGGAACCCGUUCCAUUCGCCGCCUUUCUUUUUCUUCGCCCGUCCACCCUACGAGCGCGCACGCUCUCCUGGCUAUAGCAACCGCCGUCGCCGCCCCACGCUACGUGCUCGAGUCUAGCCUCGUCGGUUCCUUCGUCAGUUCUUCGUCGGAUCCUUUGCUGGCGACCAACACCCACCAGCUUGCUGUUUCCCCCUUCUUUUUGCUUGCUUCAUCGAAGUCCUUUCCAGCAGACUACACCAAUGGGAAUGUGGGAUGCUUCUUCAAGGGACCUUAAUGGACAUUUGUGUAUUUCAUUCCCUUGAUAGUAUUACAUGUUUAUGGUUUAUUUCUUCUAUAGGACUCAGGAUGAAUUCUAAGCGUAGGAGGAGUCAUAGCCCAGUUGAAUACAAAGAAGGUCGUGAAAAAGAUUAUGAGGCUUCUGGAAGGAAGGAUAAAUCAAGAGAUCUAGAUGAUACAUUUGAUGCUAAAAGAGGUCAUGAAUCGGGCAGGCACUCUGAUAGGCAUUCCUAUGGAACAUCACGUGAAUCCAGGAGGCAUGAUGACUAUAGGAGGUACCAUGAUAAGUCCGGUGAUGAUUAUGGUAGGAGCUAUCCAAGAGCCUCUUGGUCAGACCGGGAAUCAAGGGCUGAUACUUAUUAUGAUCGCUCAAAGCAUGAUAGCACAUCUGGUAGAUCACGUGGUGACCAGCAAGAUGUUGGCAGUAGGUACGGAGAAAAAUCUGUCAAUCGAGAUCAGAGGAGUAUAAAUGAAGAAAAGCAGGAGCCCCCUCGUGGCUAUCAAAAGAGUGAUGUUGGAGAAUACAAUAAAUGUACUGAUGCAAGAAAGCAAGAGUACAGAGGUUAUGGAGAUGAUAGAGAUCAUUACAGGGUUGUUCAUAAGAACAAGGAAACCAUCAAAGAGGAGGUCCUGAAGAGGAGAAAUGGAAAAGAAGUUGAGAAAGAAGCUUUAGUGGAAACUAGGGAGAAGAAAAGAAGUUUAUUCAGCUCUACUGGACCAAAUGUUGAUAAUCCAGGGGAUGCCAAACCAUCAGCCACAACUGAAGCCUUCGAUAACUCAGCAGGAACCGUAGAUGGUGUGAAUGCAGCUAAAGUUGCAGCUAUGAAAGCUGCUGAAUUAGUGAAUAGGAACAUUGCAGCAUUUGGUGCUGGAACUGGGCGCCUAUCCACUGAUCAGAAGAAAAAGCUUCUUUGGGGUAACAAAAAGGGUAAUCCUUCGGAGGAGACAAGUAAACGUUGGGACUUGUUUUCUGAUCGUGAGCGCCAAGAGAAAUUUAACAAACUCAUGAGUCUGAGGAUGCCUUGGUGGCUAUGGUAUGUCGCAGGGUGUGAAGAGCAGUGCCCCGGUUCAGGAAAACAUGGUCGCGAGCAAGGCCGCGAGCUCAGCGGAAGAAGCCAAGAAACUGGAGGAGCUCGACACCAACCUGGAGAAGCAUUACAUAGCAGGCCUCCGCAGGAAAGAUGGCAGGACAGUCGGCCUUGGCCUCUAGAAACUCUGCUUGCAGAUGAUGCAGCGUUAAAAAGUUCAGAUAGCUUGCUCUGUACAAUCUACAGUAUCGUUUUUAUUCUUGCACUUACAAAUUUUCCUGGCUGGUUUAUGUUAACUGUGUUGCCGGGUUAUCUUGAAGCUGUAAAACAUCUAUGCCUGAUUGACUCCUGUAUUGCGUUGGCAUAACCCGUCAUCUGGGGUAGUAAUUUGCAGGCUAUUUGCUCUUUGCGCCCAAA